AUGGCUGCAGCAGCUCCUUCUCGUCUGCUCUGCCAUGCUUAUAUAGUUCUUGACCUGCCUUUUGGUCUGCCACCCGUUUGCUUCCACAACCACAGAAGCUUCUCUCUUCGCCAAGCUCUGCGUAUCUUCGUCCAGGCAAACUUCUUGAAGGACCAUCCACCCCUCGCCAAUCUUGCUGCAAGCACUGCCCCACAAGAGACGACGAUGUUGCACGUCAUCAACAGAAUGCUGCCCGGCAACACGUCCCAGACCCCAGAGCCACCGCCCACAUUCAACGCUUCUUCAUCCACCAUAACCUCCCUCAACUUCCAGCAAGGCUCGCAAUGGGGCCCCAGCGGUAUCGGCACGGUAGUCUUCGGCUGUGUUGCUUCGGUUCUCGGAAUCCUUGCACUAUGGAUGAUGUUCUGGCUUGGGCAGAGGGAACCUGCUCAUGCCGUAAGACCUGAUGAGAACAUGGAUCUACAGCAUCGGCACGCAGACGCAGCGGCCUCGGAUGACGACAUGGCCCUUGGAUAUCUGCCUCAUGAUGGAGAUGCGGACCCUGAUGCGACGGAAGGGCAUCGGACGGAUGCGGGGGUUGACACGGAAGCAUGA